UCCUGUUUAGCAAUAGUUCUGCUACAGACGAACAUGAAAUGGAAUUCUCUGCUCGCUGCAGCUGCUUUCUGUGCAAUAUUUAUUAACGUUCAUGUUGGAGCAAACCCAGAUGUAAUCCGAAUACAAUUAUUGAAAUCCAAGAAGCCGCAACGACGCACCUUUAUAAUAAGAUGCUGUUCAGACAAUAGCAGACGAUGCUAUGGAAACACUACAGCAACCAAAAAAACUUCUCUUGAUUUAAAAACCGCCUUUUCAAUAUUAGGGACAACGCCAGCAAAGGGUAAUCCUUCCAAGCAACAAUCACUUCAGCCUGUUGAUGGAACAACUCUACAAUCCGAUAUCACAACUGCAAGUGCUAGUGCAGAUCCUGCGGAUACACCAUUGGCGGAUCUUUCAUCCCUGACAACUCCAGAAACGCCUCUCAUAUCUUCAGAUGGCAGUGUAACUACAAUCAACCUACCACCGCAACAAUCUCCGGCAGCUACUGAAAGUUCUGCACCCAUAAUAUUGGAUGGAAGUGCAACUUCAACCAACCUACCAACACAGCAAUCUCCGGCAGCUCCUGGAAUCUCUGCACCAUCCAUGACAGUUUCAACGGCCACCAAUUUGCCAACCUCCGGUCCAGCAACCACACAACUUCCAACCAUCAGCGGAGCCAUUACUACCACAAGAUCAGGAACUACUACAACUACGGUGCCUCCUUGUCUUCCGUUUAAGUGCAGUGUUGAUGCAACCAAACUGGAUGCGACUUCCGGGAAAGUUAAUCCAAAAGCUAUCACAAACGGUGUUUUGAAACAAGCCUGCGACAGACUUUACUUGUUUAGCUCAGACACGAAAAAGUGGGCUGACGCUGCCAGCUACUGCUGCUCAUUAGGGAUGCAAUUGCUCACGAUCGAGUCAUGGCAACGCAUUACCUGCAUAUCUGAUUUAAUGAACAGUCCAGAUGGUUCUGGAAUACCUGCCGAAUAUCUGACGUCACUGAGCGACUACAGAAAGGAGAAUGAGUUUUUGUGGUGCACCGGAAAUUUUACUGCACUGGGAAAUCUGACAUGGAAAUCGGGAGAGCCGAGCGGAAAAGGGUUCUUUGGGGAGGAGGAGGACUGUACCUCGGUCGUUAUCUCCGCAGGGCCUGUCAAAAACAACGUGAUGAACGACGUUAGCUGCGAUUCAAGCAUAAAAUAUAUUUGCGAGACGCCUGUAGCAACCACUACAAAGCCACCAUGCUUACCAUUCACGUGCGAGAAAAAGUCAUCGCUUCUGGAUGCAAAUGAUUAUAUCAACCCUUCUGCGGUGAUUGAUGGCCAGUUAAGACUUGCGUGUGGAAGAAUGUAUUAUUUUAGCAACUCCGAGAAAAAUUGGCAAGAAGCAGCUGCCGAGUGUUGUAACCGAAACAUGCAACUUUUAAGCAUAGAGGAUGCUCAGGAGGUAUUGUGCUUGAGCUCCAUGCUGGCAAGGUCCAACUACGGUGGUUUCCAGUCUGGCUGGUGGACUGCCGGCAGUGAUGAGUUCCAUGAAAACUAUUUCGUUUGGUGCACGGCCAGCACUACGAAAAAUAUUACGUCCGAUUUCAAAUUUGGCAGUGGUGAGCCAAAUAACAUGGGUGGCAAUGAAAACUGCAUAGAAAUGGUAGUUACGGGAGGAACACCACCCACAAACGUUUACUUCAAUGACAGGACUUGUGUCAAUUUUAAAUCUAAAUUCAUUUGUGAAACUUAUGAACCAGGCUGUUCUAUGCCAAAGUGUCCCAAUGCGACCUGCCAAACGGAGGUGGCCAAAGUUGAUUCGUCAAAGAAAUGGAAAACGAACGCAGAUGGAACUUUCAGACGUGCCUGUGGCAAACAAUAUUUCAUAACAAAACUUUCAAAAAGUAGAGUUGACGCAGAAACGGAGUGUUGCAAAUAUGGAUUGAAACUGCUCAGUAUCGACAGCUAUAAACAAAUAGAGUGCAUUGCAGAAAUGAACGAUGCGGAGUAUAAAAAUAACAUUGACUGGUAUUGGACUUCAGGCUCUAACGAUGGUUUUGGCUGCGAUUUAACAUACGGUUUUUGCGGCAUAAAUAAACUCUUAUAUCAAAACUUCUCCAACUGGAACCCAAAUGAGCCUUCAACCCCUUUGUCUGAGCGAUGUAUGGAAAUGAAAUUGGACGUUAAUCCACAAAAAAUUGUUUUUAACGACAUCGUCUGCACUGAAGGGCGCUAUUUCAUAUGCGAAGGAGACGUUCCAGAAUGCACCCCAACAUGUCCGGAUAAGUCAAAGUGCACAAAUGAUUCAUCACUCUUCAACAAAAAAGGAGGAAUACUAGAAACCCAUACUUAUGGACGAUGGGCAUCAGGCUGCGGAAAAUCGUUUCUGUUUUCUACAAACUCAUUGAGUUGGGACAAAGCUCUAGAGAUGUGUUGCAAAUUAGGAAUGGAGUUAGUUUCGAUUGAAGAUGACGCCAAAAUGAAAUGCAUUUUCGAGAUCAACAACAAUAACUCCUUGCUGAAAUACACUUCCGAGUUUUGGACGAGUGGAACCCAACUGGAUUGCAACUUCCGCUACAAGUUCUGCUCGUCAGGCGCGUCCAUCCUCAGAAAUGACACAAAAUGGCUGGCAGGAGAACCAAAUAACAUCGAUGAAAGCCAAUGGUGCGUUGCUUCUCGCUUUGCUCCUGGAUCCACUCUAUUGAAAGAUCAAAAUUAUCUCUUUGAUGCUGGUUGCAAUACCGGUUACAGAUAUAUUUGUGAGAUGCCAGCGAAACCGUGUACAUCGGUCAGUUGUUACGACUACAACUGCACCACAGAACCGGCAAAAGUGAGCCAGGUUACAGCAAUGAGCGGGCCAGACGGGCAGUUUCAAACUUUCUGCGGUCGCAAAUAUUUUUUCCACAAGGACUCUAAAAAUUACAAGGACGCUUACUACGAGUGCUGCAAGUAUGGAAUGGAACUAUUUUCAGUGGAGAACAAUACAGAAAGAGAGUGUAUUCAAAAAGGCUUCCUGAGUUCUGGGUGGGGCUCAGAUACGUGGGUUUGGACUUCAGGCACUUCAAAUGGAGCUGGAUGCGUUCCUUCAUUUGGCUGGUGUCCCAGUGGAACUCUUGUGGGUCCGAGCACCUUUUGGCUACCCAAUGAGCCAACCAGCCCUUUUGUCGAAAACUGCAUUGCAUUUAUCAACUCUAAUGACCUGUCCAAAGCUGGGUUCAUCGACCUGACUUGCACCGAUCAAAAGCGAUUUCUUUGCGAGGAAAAAUCUUAAAUGGAAAUGAAAGAAAAGGAAAUAAAUAUGAAAAGUAAAUAAUUGGAUGAUUAUACUUUUUUGUUUUUGU